CCGUCGCCCAGCGGGAGUGAGACGCGAGCUGCCAUCGGAUGUUAUCCGGAUGAUCGCAUCUUUCCGAACGGAAAGGGUCAUUUCGAGAUUUUGGUGGCAGCGGGCGAUGGACGUGGUCCUUGUGCGUGCAUCGAAGGCGCAGCAGCUGACCGCGGACAAGAACACGUACAGCUCAUGGGGAGCGCCGCAGCUCACGUUCGAAGAGUACUUGGAUCGAGAGCAUGAGUUGAUUGCGACGCCGUUCGCAAAGGAAACGCUGACGGGGUAUGUGCUCGUGCCAAAGUCGAAUCCGACGACCGAUGACAUCUUGUGCUACGUCGAAGUAUUCAAACGCCCAGUCUGGUACAAGAGCACACGAUUGAACGGAUACAGCGUUGGGUCCGUGUACACACCUGCGAAGCAUCGGAAGAAGGGGUAUGCGGCGACCACGCUAAAGCUCAUCCAGGAAGGCAUGCGUGCGGACCAGCAACAGAAUCAACCAAGCGGCACACCCACCAUUGUGAUUUCCAACUUGUAUUCCGACAUUGGGCCGAAGUACUACGCAUCCAAGGGCUGGACAGUUUAUGCGUCCCAGCAGCUCGUGCUCCCCGCCACGCACUCGCUCCCCGCUAUUUCGUCUGCACCGUUGCUGGUUCAAGUGGAAUCGUUGGACGCUUUGACCCGCGUGUGCCAAGCCGACAUCGCUCGCAUGCAGUUGCAGACGCAGGCGUCCGCAACCCCUGCCGUGUACUUUGAACUAACGCCGUCGGCCGUGCUGUGGUUCCACACUCGUGCUGCAUUUUACGCCCGCACGAAGCGGUCGUUGGCGUCUGCGCCAACGUCGCACGGCGUCUUCAUCGCCUCUGGCACGUCGAUCGAUUCGUUCAUCGUUUGGACACACGACUUCAAAAACAACGCGCUCACUGUCUUGCGCUGCCACACCGCGUCGCCUGCGAUCUUUCCCACUCUGCUGGACGCUGCCCUCCGUGAAUCGCGCGCGUGGUCGUUGGCGUCCGUGGUGGUGUGGAACCCGGAAGCUGCGUGGCUCACGGACGACCUCCGCGCGUUGGUUGCAUCCCGCGAUGACUCGCUACCCUCGCUCCUCGUCACCGAAAAUCAAAAAGCUGUCGAGGGGGUCCAUUGGCUCGGCAACGAUAAGUAUGUUUGGGUUUAACUUGCUCAAACGUGACGGCAGUCGUCGUACAUUGCGCCGAGUUUUCAACGCAGCGAUCGAUCGCUUGUGCCACGUA